AUGCCCAGUGCUGGAGCUCUGUGUGCUCCUGUGAUUACACCAUUAAAAGAAAAUUUUGAUUCAGCACCAGCACAACGGAUCAACAUUGACACACAUUUUGCAUUAAGUUCAGAAUCACCAGGAUGUAGAAUCUAUUUUACAACAGAUGGAAGUAAACCUCUACCAUUUCAACGUAAAAUCUCUGGUCGAGAAACAACAUUUAAAUACAUAGCUCCUUUUACUUUAAAACCUGGUAAAAGAACAUUAAAGGCCAUUUGUGUUAGCAGAGAUGGCCUACAAGAAAGUGUGGUAGUCACAAAAACAUUUUCAGUGGAUGAUGUAGGAACAACAACUGCUGAGAGUGAUAGCUAUACAGAUGAUUAUGGGACUGGUUAUUCUAGUCAAUAUGAUACCACAGAUACAGACAAUACAUUGAGACCUCGUAGCAGAUCUCAAAAUUUAAAAGGAGGGCAGAGAUCCAAUUCACUACGUAGAUCUAAAACUGAACCUAGAGAAGCCUGGGCCAGUAAUGGUGAUACUGAUUAUGAAUCUGGAGCCUACAAUGAAGUCACUAUACCAGAUGGACCCUUCAACCCUACCAACUAUGCCGGUACCCAGAUUAAUGUAUGGGGAGCACCCCCUGGGGGAUUACAGGGAUUAGAGCAGGGAUUAGUCAAUGUCAGUAAUCCCAAUCAACCCUAUCCUGUACAAUAUGGCUACCUCACUGAACAAAUGAUACAGAGCAAAAUGCCCAAAGAUUCCAGUGUGACAAUAGGUGACUUAAGAAAGUUGUUAAAUGAACAGAAUGAUAAAAGAGUAAAAACCCCACCCCCACAGGCUGCUCCUGCCAUAGAAUAUAAACCAGUCUAUAAAGAUCCACCGUUAAAUAAUGUUAGUGCUGGAAAUGGUGAUUUUAAAGAUAAUUUAUUACAUAUUUACGCCCACAUGAUAGACAGAGCUAAAAAUAACAACAAAUUCAGAUUAGCUGUGGCAGAACCCAAAAUAGGAAAGAUUCAUGAAGCAGAUUUUGAAGAUGUUGGUGAUGGAUAUAAAUUAACUGUGGUCUUAGCCAAACCUGGUGUUCAAAGAGGGACAGUAAAGAAGUCACCAGUAAUAAAAAAGAAACCUACCCCAGGAAAUUCAUCAGAUUCUUCUAAUAAAAGUACAGCAAGUAAAAAAACUACGCCAGUAAAACCACCUGUACCUAAAAAAUCAGAUCCUUAUUUCGCCAUGGAAACUGAAAAUUUUGAU